CUCCCCCUCUCUGCACCCAGGAGUUCAGCCACCCCGUGGAGAGCCUGGCCCUCACUGUGGAGGAGAUGAUGGACGUGCGCAGGGUGCUGGUAAAGGCCGAGAUGGAGAAAUUCCUCCCGAGCAAGGAACUCUACAACAGCCUGAAGAAGGGGAAGAUAUGCUGCUGCUGCAGAACAAAGUUCCCUUUGUUUUCUUGGCCCCAAGCCUGUGUCUUCUGCAAGAGAUCCGUCUGCACCUCCUGCAGCCUGAAGAUUAAGAUGCCUUCGAAGAAGCUUGCUCACAUUCCCGUCUACGCCCUGGGCUUCGAGAACCUCCCCGGAUCUCUGAAUGCCAAAGCUCUGCUGCUGAGGAGGAGAGACGCCUUCCACUCCCUGCACUGGCGGAAGGUGGAAGCGGAGUUCCCCCACAUCUACGCCCACGGCUCCAUCUUGAAGGACAUCUGCUGUGACUGCACCAGCUUCGUGACCGAUGUCAUCAGCUCGAGCCGGAAGAGCAUGGACAUCCUGAACGCCACGCCGCGCAAGGGCAGGAAGACGCAAUCCCUCUACAUCCAGCCCACCCGCAUUGCCAAACCCCAGUGAAGGAUUCCUCUGCUGCCGCUCCGGGCCUGGCCCUGGCCCUGGCAGCUUCACAGGCACCAGGAGCCAGGCUCACAAGCAACUCCGCAGUGUUAGCACCUUGGCAGAAAUUGGCUCUCCAAUGAGCACACCUCCCAGCGAGCUGGGACUCUCUGGGCAUCACCUCCCACCCCCACCGACAUCCGUGCGCAAGAACCAAACCAAGAUGGCUUCCAGAUGACCCUGCUGCCUAAAAAUUGCCAGCCAUCCUUCCCUGGCAUGCUGCAAACACCGCUGCUUGCCCCCAGCCUGACCGCUCGUGCCGCUCUUAGACCUCCAUUGCGAUGCCCUGCUAGUGGAGGUGUGCGUAUGUACAUAGAUGAUAUAUAUACAGCUCUAUAUUUAUAGACAUUAGUGACCAGCGAGAUGGCACCUCAGCCAGCGGGACUAGUGUCGGAAGCCACGUGUUGCACAGCCGGGACCCCGCUAGCUCGGUGUCUCCCCAUGGGAGGGCAGAAGGACCCAAUCCCUUGCUCUGGCUGAGGAUGGGCAGGACCCAGGAUGUGACUCGGAGCCCAGCUUCUCUCAGAUCUGUCGGAGCGCGACCCGGCGUGUUUCCUUCCUUCCCACCUGGGCAGCUGGUCCUGCCCGGUUCCUCGGGGUCCCGGAGCAGGCUGGGGCGAUCUGUCUGGAAGGUGGGGACCCUAAAUGUGUUGGGGGAGGAACUGUUCAGACCCUUCUGUUUACAUUGCUUCUGACUCGCCUGGAAGGAACGGAGUCCUAGCUCCUGGGCCUGUGUGUGCUGCUGGCUAGCACAAGGCAACGUGCUGGUUCUGCCAUGUGGCCAAACCCCUGCCAUUGGGAUCAGGGACGCAGGCUGUAGACCCCCUCCUCUGCCCGCCCAGCCUGGCACCGUUCCUCUCCAGCUCAUCCCUCGGUGUCAACGGCUGCCGGGGCUGGGAGGCCCCCGGGGCUCAGUUCCCACCGAAAGCACCUGGCGGAGCUGGGCUGGCUAGAAGCCCUGGCUGGGUCUUAGGCCCUAUGUUUGAAUCCAGGGCAUAGUGCUUGUGACGGCCCGAGCGCCUGUCCUGGGAGCCAGUGGGGGUGUUGAGCCUUGUCCCGAGGAGCAGACUGGGGCCCCCUGCUCCCCAUGGGGAGACCCCCUGUGCAUUACUGAGAGCAAAGGCUUUUCAUGGGUCCUUUCUAGCUCAGUCAUUGAGCCAGGAUCAUGGGGAUCUCCGGUGACUGCCUGCCCCCACUGCUCCCUUCCCUUCGCUGCUCUGGCUGCCUGGUGCUGUCAGUGCCCCUGUCCCUGGCGGUGGAGCAGGCGCUGGCCGGAUUUAGUCAGACGCUGGUUUUGUACCGGACACUCGGCUGGGAGUACGUGUUUGUCUUUGUGCUGCAAGGCUGCGUGUGGCAUCGGGGCUCGCUCCGGGCAGGGCUGGGCUGGUGGCCGGCUGCGCCGUGUCUGAGUGUACAUGUGCGGCAGUGGGGGAGAGCAGCCGCAGGCAGCCAGGGCCAGGCUGGCCACAUGGUCAUGCAGAGCAUGCGAGGCUGCUGCUUGGUUAGAAUGAAGCCGGCCAUGCUCCUGUGGCCUGUGAAGCAUCCCCUGCCCCCAGCAGCGCUCUGCAAUUAAUAGUAAUAAUACGGAGGAGGGCUUUGCACUAAGGGGGCUGCCCAGCCCCAGGGAGCCAGGCCAUCGCUAUCCCCAAGCACAGGUGGGAAGACAGAAGCACAGAGAAGGGAGGAGUCUUGCCCAGGCCACCCAGAGCACAGUCCAGUCCCAUCGAAUGUAUUUGUCUAGAGCAUGCUUUGUGCGAAGUAGCCCGGCCUAUGGAGGCUGAGUGACACCAUGCCCUCCUCCCUGCCCAGGGCCAAGAGAGGCCUGGGGAAUUGGGCCAAACAAAAUCAUGCUCCUGCAUCAGGUUUCCUCAGUGGGCGGGUGUCUCCCCACAGACUGUGCCUGCCCACAUGCUGCGGUCCAGGUAAAGCACCCAAGCCGUGUGAACUAAAGGGACUAUUCCACAAUGUGCCACCACCUGGGUGUGUUGUGUCUUGUGACACAGGGAAAUACAAACUACACAUGCCUACUAGGCCCAAACAAGUCCCGGGGCAGGACCUGCUUUUUAGUGGCUCAGAAACCACGGGCCCAUGCCAUGGAGUGCCUACUUUGCACUUUCACACAGGCUGACUACAUGGGCAGAUUGGGUUUUGUGCCUGCAGCUGGCCAGACAGACACCCAGGCCUUGUCUACACUAGAAAUGGUUUGCUGGUUACACUGGCAAACCCUUCUAGUGGGGAUGCAGCUUAAACGCGUGCUUUGGUGGGAUAGUUCAUACCAGUUCCCCAAACAAAAUAGCUGUGCUGGUAUGACUGUCUACACUGGGGCGUUAGCCAGCCUAGCGAGGUCAGGUGGGAGAGGGACUUUUCACACUCCUAGCCAACACAGCUGCCGCAAAACUUUGCACUGUAGAUCAGGCCUCAGCCUGGCAACUGGCUCGUGCUCAUAAAUCAAGUCAGUAAUUGCUAGUGGAUCUCUGCACACAGCACGAAGGGACUGAGCUCUGGCAAACCAGGCCUGGAUGGGACCUGGCAGCAUUUGGGGGAAGGGGCAUCCUCCCUGGGAAACUGCACAAUGUGUGAUAGGGGAAGCCAGGGGGACGCCCCUGCAGACUCCACAACCUAGCAGCCCCUCUCCACGCUGAAGAGACCAUCCUGGCAGAAACCCCUGGUGCUCUGCUGCCCAUGGGUGCUGGUUUCUGAGGUUAGCCUGCCUUGGCGCCACCCCGCUCGCUUCUCCCUGUUUUGACUGGACCACAUUUUGCUGACACAUAAGAAUGACAAUGCCUUAUCAUCCUGCCCACUGUCUGCAAUAACUCAUCCUCCUGCCCCUGUCAGCGUUGACAGGCGCGUGUGAAUGAGGGUGACUCCGCCCAGGUGUCCUGUCCAUGGCUGACCCAUCGGCCAAUGUUUUGUACAAAGCCCAUCCUGUACAGAUGAAAUGUACAUUGUAAAUAACGUGCACCUGGACUGGCAUGGUUGCUCUUGUACAUAUGGUUGCUCCCAUACUAAUAAAUCCCUAUUUUGAGCUGCA